AUGACCGCUUCAGAUGACAACGCCAACGGCGCUGCAAGUCUCUCGGCUUUCCGAACCUUCGAGUUAAUGCAAAUGGAUGGGGGGAAUCUUGUAUCCGACCGUUCUGGCGCAGUGUCAGAGGUAACACUUACUUCAACAAGAGAAAAGCGAUGUUUGAGGACAUCUACUCACCGCGGUGUACUGACUCUGUCACAGGAUAUCGACGGUUCAAAAGGAUUCCCAGCCUGCUGUAACCGUGCUGGUUCCCCCAGGACAUCUCCAACCGGGAGGAAAGGAUACGAAGAACUUGGGAGCAACAUCCAGCACAGACUAGCUAUAGGUCACCCUUCUGUUACAUCACAUGCUUUGGUAUAUCGGCAGGCGCGACGAGAAAACCUUCAUCGCAGAAUGCUGAGCUACCCACCAGCAACUCUACCUACACCUCCUACUGCACACCAACUACGAGGCUUCAUGCGCCAGAAGGGAAGCCAUCAUAGCGUUGAAUAUGAACAUGGUAGUUCUUAUCGCUAUGAAGAUCCAAUCCUCGACAAUGCCCCCAGAAUGCCCCGCUCUGACCGGCUGCGUCAGGAGGCACUGGCAAAGCAAUAUAGUACGGUCAACGUAUCUCAAACAGAAUCCCCCGCCCCAAAGUCUCAGCUCUUCCUGACUGGCAAGGCCGCAAGCACUCGUAGCCCUUAUCCCGCUAAUAAAACCUACACUAUGUUGGAGUGGCCCAGCGACCCCAAUAUUAUCAAACAGGCAAACGCAGAGCGUUUACGUUUCUGGUUAGAAGAGCCUCGUAACGCUCGUAGCGCCUAUGGAAAACUCUUGGACCCAUCUAUCAUCAACUCCGUCGCCCCUCAUUCCCGAAAUAUUGAUCCUCAUCCUACAUAUGUGGACAAUACCAGAACUACGAUAACCGCUAGGCAAGGUGGCGUGCGCCCCAUCACGGCUACUACUAACGCCAAUCAUCUCCAAACAGAUUCGGUUAUAGUACGCACUAGAAAUUACUUCGAGGAGUACGUCAAUGGACAACGCUCCAGCAGAUCAUCAGGGCAAUGUCAUAAUUCCGAUACCAAUCUCCAUAAUAAGGGGAACAUGGAGGCCACCGAUCGCGAAUAUCGUCGGCAGACGACCAAAGAUACCAAGAUCGACAGGUUCUAUAUCAAGCGUGCAGAAUGCGACUUUACUCUGCAGGCCACUAUUAAGAAUGUCUUUAAAAAUGGAACACCUACUGCUGCCGAUAUUAAGAGUAUGAUGGACGCCAUCGAUUCUCUCCAAAUUAGCCUCAAAGAAAAUCUAGCCUCUGAUGUUGACGAUCCUUGGUAUGAGAGAAUUACAUGGAUCAAGAAGAGCAUUGUCGGCCCCCACGGGAGGCAGGUCAGAACUUUGAAGAGCAUUUUCAGGCUACUCAAUGGCGAGGGCAUCAUGUUUCGCCAGGAUGAGAACAGUGAGGUUUAUAAAGAGGCCCAAUCAAACAGCGUUUCUAUUUUUCGCGAAAAGGGUAGUCCCAUUUAA